AUGCCAGAUACUACGUGGCGGCAAGCCGUCGAGGGAACGCCUGACGACUCACCAGAGGACUUACGCUACGCGAUACACGCAAAGAAAAUCCAUGAAAAUCAGAUUUUCAGCCUAAUCUCGACGAUGAUGGCUUCAUUUGCGCUUUUACCGUCAAGCACUAUGGCACCGCAGACAAGCGAGGAUCAAAGCCAGCAGCAGGCAGACCCAGCGUGGUGGUGGCGCAGCGGGAACGGUCGCCAGAGUGCCAUCCAAUCAGUUACCUACAAUGAAGCCGAGCUCUUGAGCGCUGCUGUGCUCUGCGCCGCGUUGUCCUCCACCAAAGCAUCUCCUUCCGCCACUGAUGCACUGGUUAACGCACGUGCUGCGCGUGAGUUGGAGAUGCAUGUGCGCAAGUCGCCGCUACCGCAUACGCUGCAGCUGCCGGUACUCGAAUAUACGACAGACUACGUGCUUGUGGAGUCGGAAGGCGCUGUCAUCUGCGCCAUGCGCGCCACCAGACCGAGUGACAUCAUGCAAGCCGUGGUGGGAUCGGCCGUGCCGCUGUCUGAGCCGUACAUGCACCGCUUUGGUGGGUCUCGCGUGCACGCGCCAUUCUGGAAGCGCGUGCAGCGACUGGACCUUACCAACCUGUACGAACAGGCUCAACGAGUGGGCAAAGUCCUGCUGCUCUGUGGACACUCAAUUGGUGGGAGUAUCGCUAAGCUGGCGUUUUGUGAACUGCCGAAAGCUGAUGAAAAAGACAAGCACUUUCGCAAACACAGAAAGCAGAAGAAUGAACCGGCUGAAUGGAUGAAGGAAGUCAGGAAUAGUGACCGCGAGGCUGCACUCCAGCACCUUCCAGUGGCAAUGGUCGUUGGAUUUGGAGCGCCGUAUGCUGGUAAUGACGCACUCACCGCCUUCUUGGAACCUCUAGGAAUGAACGACCGAGUAGUGACUAUAGUCAACGAGUUUGACUGUAUCCCUGGAAUUCUCAAUAUUGCACACUCGGCAGCAAUGCUUGCCAAAACGACUGAGCGGCUGGUGACCAUCGCAAAGGCUACGAAAGCGUGGCUCAACCUGGCUGCGGCGCAUGAAUGCAGCCAGAGAUUUGCCAGACACGGCAAAAGAUCCAUCCAGAUCAAUGCGACGAUGAACCAUUACGAACGACUAGGCGUGGCCCGGAACGCAAGCGACCGCGAGAUCCGUAGAUCAUACCGAGCUCUCGCACUUAGGUGGCAUCCCGAUCGAGUUGCGCACGGGUCUCUCACUGACCAGCAGAAAGAAGUGGCGGAAGAUAUUUUCAAGCUGUUGGCAGAAUCCUACGAAGUACUCUCGAAUCAGGAGAGCCGUCGUGCUUAUGAUUCGUACUUGAACAGACCCCCAAGCCGUAGAGAGGAAUUUAUGCAGUACGGCACUGUGGAUGGUAUUACGCUUGACGAGGCGAUCUCUACCUUCAAGGACGCCGUGGACAACAUCUCCAGCCAAUUCCACCGCGUGACUGACCGAUUCAGCUCGUCAAGCUCUACCACAGUCGGGCACCCGCUUCAGCACAACGGAGGUAAGCCACCAGCUACGACUUCUGCUUCUAGUGGGCACUCGACAAGCUCGUCAACCAAUCUCUCAGUAACAACUGAAAAUGCCUCGACUGGUAUAGCUACUGUUCCUGCUUCAUCUAGUGCUACUCAACAGGUAUCAUCUACUGCACGGGUUGGAUCAAGUGGGGUCUCGUCAACUUCGAGCGCAGCUCCUGCGUCAUCGACUGGAGUACCAACUUCCACGUCAGAGACCUCGAAUGUCCUGAGCAAAACGGGGGAGGUCGUAGCCAACAAGAAUACAGAAAUCUCCACACAAGCAAUCGACACACGUAGCAGCAGUGACAGCAUCAGCUCGAGCUCAAAGUCGACCAGUACAAGUUUGAAGACAGUCUCCGUCGUUGGAGGGGCUGUGGCAGUUGCUGCUAGCGUGGCAAUCAUCGUGAGUGCGUGGUCUCAGUUCUCGGAGGCUUCUCGGAAGAAACGCCAAGCUGCAGCUGUGCGUGACAUGCCAGGGGAUUGCUUGGUAUUGCUUAUAGAAGACCGCACCCGUGUUCAUCGGAGACAAAGCCGUACACCAAGCAUUCAACUUCUUCAGGAAUCUAAAGCUCGACAGAUCAAGGCGUUCGCGGUUGCCAGUACUUCCGUCUACCAUGAGAAGCGCGAUUCUGGCGAUACUAGUCCGUAUCUUGCUAAAGAAGCCCAAAGCGCCAUUGUUGAGCUGACCCAGAAAGAUCAAGAACAAGAUCAAGAUGAAAAACUUAUUGAAGAGUUCUUCGAGUGCGCUGCUAUUGAGGAAGACGCGGUUGUCGAAGCCAUGGCUGAAGAGGAGUUUUUCGAUUGUGUGGAGGUUGCCCAAGACAUUGAUCACCAUUUUGCCAAAAAGCACGAGAAGCUUCGUCAUCCACACGGAAAAGGAAAGAUCUGUGUGAGGUUCCCGCGAGGGUCCAAGGUGGACACUCCCUAUGGACUUGGUGAGGUUGAGGAUUGGCGGGAGAACACUGCUGUAGCAGCGCUUCGAUUCGAAGGCGAGACUCUUCGAUACAUUGACAAGAAGGAAAUCAGUCGAGGUGCGUCCACGGCCCGCGAGUUGACGCACGUUGUGGUCGAGGAGAGAAGAGCAGAAUUAGCAGAGCGCGUGAUCACAAAUUAUGGACUGGAGGAGACCAAGACCGGAGAUCAAAUCACGAAUGUGGCGCUUGCGGGUGCAGGAGGUGCUGUCGAUAGUGGACUUCGUGCUGCGGGUGGUUUGGCACUGGCCAACGGAGUGGCAAGAUCGGGGACUGCUCUUGGCGGUAUGGUGGCAGCUCCUCUAGCUGUCGCAUCCAUUCUUGUCGAUAUUGGAAAAGAGUUUUACGACUACCGCAAGAAGCACACGGAGCGAAAAGAGCUCGGGGUGCUUUCGACGACAAGUGAGCGACUAAUGCGGCGGGACUUUCGAUUGAAAACUGGUGAGGUGGUUGUAAGCCGCACGACGGCCGCAGCUGGUGCCGGUCUAGGUGCGUACGGCGUAGCGUCUGCAAUGACGAUGUGGGCUGCAGCAGGUGUCGCCACUGGACCCGUUGGAAUUGUGGCAGCGACGAGUGCUGCUGUUGUCGGCGGCGUUGCAGGUUACUUUGGUGGAGCCAAGGUAUAUUCGCUCUCAACUGCUUCUUACUUUAAAAGUCAGAAGCAUGCAAAGGAGCACAUUGAUCGCCUGGAACUUGGUGCACGUGUGCUAUUUGAAGAGCAUGAUCCGGCUGGUACUGGCGAGAUCUCCAAGGAAGCGUGUCUUUCCAUUAUGCAGAAACUGUAUGAGAUCUCCGGAGACACAUCGGACUUUGCGUACGAGGCGAGCGUUGAAGCGAUUAAAGACCCUAGCUUUGAAGGACCAGUGACGUGGCGAAUGUUUUGGAUAUGGGUGAGCACGGAAGCCGCGAGGUCGCUAAAAAGCCUCGAGCACCACGAGUUAAAGCCAAUUCAAAACGGUGAAGGCGAAAGAAAACGUGAUAAAGUGAUGCGCAAACUUCGAGAGGCAAAGCAAAAACACCUCGAUAAGCAUCACCAAGACGAAAGCGAACGCGACAGUACCAGCUCCAAUGGAUUGGAUGUUGAAGAAGUCGAAAGAGAAAUUCAUGCUCGAGCUGCAUUUGCCCCCGUUCUCCCCGGUGAGGAGGACAAUCUUGAUGAAGUGAAGGCGACAGUUGAGGCACUUGUCCACAGCAACUAUCUGACUGCCGGACAAGCGUAUUCGCUGUACUCGCAGUUGGAUUCGAACGACCCGGUCGAGCAGGUGUCAGCUCGCGAAAUCGUCGCUGCUCUGCAAUCCGAGCAGAUAAAUGCCGAGCCUGAAUCUGAAAGCUUAGGCGAGUUCGAGUUAUUUCCUCGUGCCAAGACCGGAAGCAAGACGGCGGACGACAAUGCAGUGGCAGUUUUGAAUCCAGUGGAUUCGAAUAGCGAGCAGGUCACGUCGUCACAGUCGAAAAACGUGUCGAAGCUGCCACCACUUGCCCCGUCCUCUCAGAAGAAGAAGAAAGGUCCGAAGCCGCAGGUUGACCCACGUCUCGAUGUCAUGUGCUCUCUGAUGUCGACGGAUGGGCUGAAACGCUUCCUUGAGACGCAGUACAUUGUUCCAGAAGAAGAGACGUUGACUCGCCACGAAGAUCUUCAUUGUCUCGCUCUCGCUUCAGCGGUACCACCGGCUCCAUCGAGCACAAACAGAGCCGAGAAGACUUUGAAGUGAAUAUUUACAUGACACGUUUAUACUAAAUGAUAUCAUAACUACUCUUG